AUGAUACAAGGGACCGCCAGGAUCGUGAUUAGUGGCGCUGGUCAAGGGUUGGGCAGGGCGGUAGCACGACACUUCGCAGAGAAAGGACACAAGAUAUUUAUCCUCGACAUCAACGAGGACAACAUCAGACACACUGCAGAAGUUCACUUGAAAGAACAUUCCAAGAAUGUCGGCUGGGCAGUGUGUAAUCUGCGAUCGGUGGACGAGAUACGGCAAACGGUGCGCAAGGCUGCACAGUUUCUGGGCAAUCGUAUAGAUUUUCUCAUCAACAACGCCGGAAUCUCUACCCCGUACUGGUCUGACGGAAAGACGAUGGAGGACGAAUCGACCCUAGAUCAGUGGCAAGCAUAUGUUGAGACCAACCUGACGGGCACGUUUGUCAUGUCCCAGGCCUGCAUCCCAUACAUGAAGGUCGAAAGUCACGAGGAUAAGCAGAAACUCCCUGGUUCUCAGGUUGGCACCGCUGGGCCGUGUAUCAUUCACGUUGGGAGCUUUCGUGCUCUGGUUUCCGAUCCCAACCAGGAGGGCUAUGCUAGCACCAAAGCGGCGUUACUAGGCCUGACCCAUAGCAUGGCUGUGUCGAUGAAGCAGUUCGGCAUCCGUGUCAACCAGGUCUCUCCAGGCCGGAUCAAAGUUACACACGAGAACGCAGAAGCGGACCAGAACGGUGCGGAGUGGGAAGCUGCGGAUGACGACAUCGACACACAUUUAACGAAUCGUGCUGGAAUGCCCGAGGAUAUCACUGAGGCUUUGGAGUAUCUACUGGGUGCUGGAUUUGUCACCGGGCAGAAUCUAGUCGUUGAUGGGGGUGUUACGAAGAAGAAAUGA